AUGCCGCUUUCAGACGCCUCCAUCGACAACCUCGAGAGGUUGUCGAAGUUUGUUGAUGCCGGCUACAUCAAGGAGAGCAGCCACAAAGAUUCCAUCAAGAACCACGUGAUGGCCAACAAGCCCAUCGAUGACAAGUUCGGGUCGCAUGUGGAGCGCAUGGCCAACUUGCUGUCCAGCGGCAUGUUUACGACGGAAGACUACCGAGAGCAGCUAGAUGCAAAAGUUGCAGACCUUUGCGAGACGGAGCACCACGGUCGGCAGCGGCGGGCGGAGAAGCAGGGGUUGGUGGGUCGCAGGUGGUGGAGACUCCUAGCUCCGCACAGAAAAAGGGCAAGCGCACGGCCAAGGAAGCGAGGGCGGCGGCGAACACGAUGCACGGGAACAUCGUCAACUGCUGGAAGGAGGCUGCGGUGGUCGCGGAGCUGCGAGAGCUGGAGGCCGAUCACGCCGAAAACAUCUGGCAUGUUCACGGAGUGUCGUGUCAGCAGUUCCUGGCAAGGAAGACCGGCAUUCCUCUCCCUGCCAGUCUUGAAGAAUGACCUUUUCAAGACUGGCAGGGAGAGGAGGUGGUUCGGAGACGCAGAGAAGAAGCUGCACUCGCUGCUGCGGCAACCGCGCAAGAGGAAGCUCAGAGUGUCGACAGCCUGGAUUCGAUUCAACGCGAGAAUGCUCGUGGACCGGUGGUGCAGGAAGUUCGCGAAGCUCCACCAUCCCUCGAAACGAAGGCGCACAAACAUGACGAACAAGUCGGUAGAGGACCGUCUUCCGCAGAUGAAGAGCUUCCACAGGAGGCUACGCCAGCUGCUGCAGGAACCACCCGUUCGCCGGGCCGCUGCUGGGGGCGAGGCCGAGAACAACGGCGCUGCGAUCGUUCCUGCGGAAUCGCCCCUCUACGGGCGCUUCAGCCUGAAUGCGCGUUUCAACGUCGACCAGCCGUUCCCUGGUCUUGAGAAGCGACAGUGCACACUCAACUGUUGGAUCGGAGCUGGCGACAAGUUGAUGCGGACCGCGGUCAUUUUCCGCGGCGAAGGCAAAAUCUCAGUGGUGGAGAAGGCGGCGUACGACCCCGGCGUGGACGUGCUCUUCCAGGAGAACGCGUGGACGGACGGCCCAACGUGCAUGGCGUGGGCAAAAAACAGCUUCCUACGCAGCAUCACGGGGGAGGAAGGUGUCGUUCAAGAGGAGCAGCCCAUCCUUUUCGCGGACAACCUGCACGCGCAGACAACGGACGAGUUCAAGAAAUUCCUUCACGGCGAGUGUGACACGCUGCUACGGCUACUUCACCCCAAGUUGACCGACGAACUCCAACCGGUCCAUACCGACUAUGGACGCCUCCUCGCAGUCGAAGUCGGUAACGAGCUGGAUGAAUUUCUUGGGCACGAGGAAAACCCUUGCCUGUGGGAGAUCAACAAGCUUUCAGCUGGUGCAAGGCGAAUCCUUUUCACGCGAUUCCUUGCAAGGGCGGUCGCGCGAAUGGACGCUCGGCCUGGGUACCGCCAUCGCCUGUUCGAGAAGGCCGGACUGGCGAUGACGGCAGACGGGUCGUUGGACGACCGCAUCACUCCGGAGGGUGUAGUUGGGGCGUACAACUUCAUGGACGGGGGCACGAGCAGUGACGAGGAGAUGCCCGACCAGGAUAAUGAGGUCGGCGACGACGAUGGGGGGGCGGGCGGUGGCGAAUCAAGCUGCGACAGCGACGCAAUCUCAGAUGAUGGUGGUGAUGACCAGGGCGAUGUUCAAGACCCCCUGUCACAGCUAGACAGCGACGAUGACGUGGACUCCGACGAUGACAUCAUCGCGAUGGAGCUUCCGGUCGGAUUCUGUCUUCAAGAGUCUCCUCCAGAAAAGCUGGAUCGCGCAUUGAUAAAGCGUUGCGUGUUCUUGAGGCGUGGUAUGGGGUGGUUCAUGUGGCAGAUCAGCCGGGCAGCUCCCCCGCNAGCCGAUCGACGAUUCGAAUGA